UUUGGAUAAGACUCCAGCGUCUAACGUUACUGUAGCUCAGCUGUAUCAGGCACAGUACAGUAUAGCGAGUUACCCCGACUCUCUGGACAGCGUUUCUCCUGACCUGCGGGUCUUUGCAGUUAUUUCGCUUGGGUCAGUCAGACUCGACGUCGGCUAUAUUCGGAUCGAUUGAGAGAAGAGGACGCUGUAAGCGAGACGGCUGACUGAAGGUCAUUUUGUAAUCGGUCAGUAUCUCCUGGCAUGGCACAGACAUGAUGACCCAUUAGGGUGCAAAGAGCCCUGCAUCAGUUUGCCCGCAUUCUGCCCUCUGCCAAAAUCACUGGACCAUCACAAGAGGCUCUGUGAGGAGUGAUUUUGGAUCAGAAUGAACUUUCUGUAGCUAUUUUGUAUCCAAACAGACUGUACAUCAAUAGGAGUGUUGCACAUGCUCAGUCGGACCGGUCUGGUGUUUUGUAGCAUCAACAGAAAACACCUUCUCCUCUCUCCUACAGGAGCAUGCCCUCUCAGCCGCCUCCCAGCUCUCAGGAUAUGCUGACAGGACAGAGGCUGUGUCAAUCCAAAUCCCACCAGGACUCUGUCCUCUCUGCCCUUAAUCAGCAGCGCAAGGACGGACUGCUCUGUGAUGUCACCCUUGUUGCUGGGGAACAGAAGUUCCACGCUCACAAGGCGGUUUUGGCAGCGUGCAGCGAUUAUUUCCGGGCUAUGUUCAGUCUUUGCAUGGUGGAGAGUGAGGCAGAUGAGGUAACUCUACAAGGCGUGACUAGUGUGGGACUGAAGCACGCACUAGAUUUCGCCUACACGGGCCAGAUCAUGCUGGAGCCAGGAGUGAUACAGGACGUCCUGUCCGCAGGAAGCCACCUUCAGCUGCUGGAGCUGCUUAGCCUCUGUUCACACUAUCUCAUUCAGGAGCUGAACAGUUUUAACUACCUGGACCUGUACAGACUGGCAGACCUUUUCCAUUUGCCGGCCCUGGAGGAAGCCGUGGUGGGCUUUCUGGUGGAUCACCUCUCUGAGCUGCAGCAGAGCAGACAAGAGGAUGUGCUGCUUUUACCUUAUCGGCUCCUCAGGGAGGUGCUAAAAAGCGACCGCCUCACCUCUCUCAGCGAGGAGGAGAUAUGGCAGUUGCUGGUGCGUUGGCUGGAGCAUGACUGUAAAUACCAAUACAUGGAGGAACUGCUGCAACACGUGCGCUACGGGCUGAUGGAGGUCUCCGCCCUGCACCGCGUGGCCGACAGUCACCCCCUCCUCAACUCCAGCACCGUCGCCGCCCUGGUGGAGGAAGCCUUGGAUUACCACCGGUCCGUAUUCACGCAGCCCCUUUGCCAGACGCCCCGCACCAUCCCUCGGUUCCGGUCUCUGACGCUGUAUAUCGUCGGCGGGCGGAAGCGAGAGGUCAGCCGCGUACGGGAGCUGAGGUUCUUCAACCCCGCCACGCAGGAGCACAUGCGCGUGGCCGGGGGUUCGAACUGGAGCGAGCUGGCAGCCAUGCCUGCCGGGCGAAGUCACCACUGUGUGGCCGUCAUGGGAAACUUCCUGUUCGUGGCCGGCGGGGAGGUGGAGCACGCCACCGGGAGGACGUGUGCGGUGAGGACGGCGUGUCGGUACGAUCCGAGGGUGAAUCGGUGGACUGAUAUCGCGCCGAUGAAGGCGUGUAGGGAGCAUUUUGUGCUGGGUGCUCUCGGACAGUAUCUCUAUGCCGUCGGGGGCAGGAAUGAAUUGAGACAGGUUCUACCCAGUGUGGAACGCUACUGCCCAAAGAGGAACAAGUGGACGUAUGUGCAACCGUUUGACCGAUCGUUGUCUUGCCAUGCGGGUUGUGUGGCGGAUGGACUGCUUUGGGUCUCAGGUGGAGUCACAAACACAGCUCAGUACCAAAAUCGACUGAUGGUCUAUGACCCAGAACAGAAUCAGUGGCUAGCCCGCAGUCCAAUGUUGCAGCGGAGGGUGUAUCAUGUGAUGGCAGCAGUAAGAAGGCAUCUGUAUGUGCUGGGCGGCAAUGAUCUGGACUACAACAAUGACCGAAUCUUGGUUAGACACAUCGAUUCGUACGACAUUGACAUGGACCAGUGGACACGGUGCACCUUUAGUCUCCUCACAGGCCAAAAUGAAGCAGGAGUGUCGGUCCACGAUGACAGAAUCUAUGUGGUUGGUGGAUAUUCUAUCUGGACGAAUGAACCGCUCGCUUGCAUUCAGGUGCUAGACGUAAGCACCAAAGGGAAAGAGGAGGUUUUUUACGGGCCGACGCUCCCGUUUGCAUCAAAUGGAGUAGCGACAUGUUUCUUGCCCGCCCCGUACUUCACCUGCCCUAACCUCCAGACCUUACAAGUGCCACAUCACAGGAUAGGAGCUCUCUAACCCGCACCGUCCAACUCAUCCUUGAUGUUUACAGUUGCACAAAUGGACUAUGAACCAGUGGACAUCAUGUUUAAAGGCUACUCGCACUUUUCUUUCAGCUGUGACUGGUGACACGAUGGAUGUAGAAUUCUUUGUGGAAACCUUCACAAAGUGAUGAAUGGAGAACAUACUGAUGAACUUGACAGGCUUUCCCCAAUGCAUUUCUGAACUAGAUGCUAUGGUGCUGCACCACGGUCCCUGUUUAAGAAGCACUUUGUAAAUCUGAAAAAACGAUUAAGAGCCUGUCUGUUCGACUCGAUCCCAAAAGGUACGCUCUUAAAAGUAAAGGUGCUUAAAAGGUUCUUCACAGCGGUGCCAUAGAACAACCAUUUUUGGUUCAGUCAAAGGUUCUUUAAAGCAGUGGUUCUCAAACUUUUUCGUUGUAAGGCCCCCUUUGUGUAGAGUGCAUCGCUUUGCGGCCCCCAAAUAAAGAUUUAUAAUCUUAAAUUUAACAUUUUUAUUUAAACAAAAACAUAUUCGGUUAUACAAUGCUGAAACAUCAAUUCUUUUGUCUGGUGGUCUUAUUUUUCUGAUGUUUGAUUGCAUAAAAUCUAUGAUCAAUUUCUAUAUUUCAUAAAAUGCCACAAAAUCUGUGGCCCCCUGGAUCCAUCUCGAGGCCUCCCCAGGGGCCCCCAGUUUGAGAACUACUGCUUUAAAGAACCAUCUCUUUCUUGUUAUAAUCUGAAAAACCUUUUUUCACCACAAAGAACCUUUUGUGAAACAGAAAGGUUCUACAGAUGUUAGGCUCUUCAUAGAACCAAAAGGUUCUUCUAUGGCAUCGAAGAACCUUUUGAAGCUCCUUUUAGUGUGUAUGCUUGAUGUGGAUCUGCGGUCUUCCGGCUCUUCGCUUGUGCAUGUCCAUCAUGUCCACAAGACCGUAGGAUGUCCCUUUCAUCAUUUGAAGGUUGCUUAUAAUCUCUUCAUGCCUGUAAACACACUUUACAGUGGACUGCUAUACAACCCUCAGUGCAAGAAACGUAAAGACAAAAUUGAGGUUUCACAGCUUUGUGCUUAGAGGGACCUGUUUUCACAGAUUAUGGGCCACUAGUUGGACUUCUUCAGCACAGAGACUUACUUGGAGUGUCAUCACUCUUCAUUCUGACCUUAAUGUUCUGCAGUUUAAUUCAAUUGUCUGUUUAACUCAAUAAGACGUCACUUCAAGUUCUUUUUCAUUCCACGUCGUUUCUCAGCCUGUGACACCGUGAAAAACGACUUUUUCAAAACUCAGGAUAUAAUUGUUUACUAAACAUUGUAUGUGUUACCAGAGCUGACAACAAAUGCACAAAUACAACAUAAUAACAACCCGACUCAACGCUUGACUGACGUUCUAGAUCUUAAUCCUGCCACCAAGACUGCCCAUUCCAUGAAAAAACAGACGGACACUUUUUUUUACACAAAGUCUGUAAUAAAUACAAGUUUACAAUUGUGUGAAAGAC